AUGCCAAAUGUGAAGUCGAAUUCUGCUGUGAGAGGUUUUGCAGAUGAGAUAUUCAUGGAUUAUAUGGCUUCACUAGUUAAAGCUGCCAGCCCUGUGCUGUGAUCUCUGUGCUGUUCUGUGCACACUGUAACCUGUUGUCUCCGUGUCACCUCAGAUGUGCAGGCAGCCUGUCGGGACACCACAGUCACACAGGAGCUCCUCAAAGAGGGGUUUCACAGGGACCUGCUGGUGAAGGUGGAGCUUGGGGAGGAUGCAGGGGGAUGUGCAGUGGCAGCUAGAACUCGUCUUCCACCAGGAAUCUACGUGGAUUCCUAUGAGCUGGCGAUGCUGCAGCAGCAAAAUUUAACCAAGGCCGUGCUAAUUCCUGAUGUCACUGAUGUGGAGGCUCCCGAGUACCUGGCCACGGCUCUCGUCCUGGUGCUGUCCCUGGAGGCAGACCCGCGGUGUUCCCGCUGUUUCCGCGCUGCUGUGCCCGUGCACGCGCGGUACCACCGCCCCGCCGAGGGCAGCCAGCAAGCCUCGGUCGUUCUGGAGAGCCCAGAAGUGCUGCUCUGCUGCUGCCACAGUCAGCUGGCAGCAGAGUGUUGGGAGCCUGCUGAAGUGGGAGCUCCCUGCUUGGCCGAGAACGUCGGUCCCUGUCAGUGGCACAGCACAACACACAGACCCGCACGGGAGGAAUUGGUGCUGGAGGUUCCUGUGGGGCUCAGGGAACACAGUUACCUGGUGUGUGCCCUGACCCUGCUCACCACCCUGCUCUGUGCCAGCCUCAUCCUCGCUGCCACCUGCAGGCAUGGACACUUCUCCCUGUGACCUGCUCAGAGGAGGAAAUGUGGAAUGACUGACCCCCAUCCAGCAAAACUAACUGGAUAUUACAUCAGGUUCCCAGAUGGAUCCUGUUCUACUGCUAUUUGUAUCUUAGGGGGUGUGAGGGUCCCAUAAUGAGUUAUAGUUCCUUUGCCUUAAUGCUUGGAAACACCUUCCACAGCCCAGAAGACAGUUUGGAUGUGUUGUCUGUAGCCAAAGCAGAUAGAGGGGAGGAAAAAAUCUCAGAAAUCUGAAAACUGCUGUGGGUAAUGGGACAACAGUCAGCAGUGGAGUUUGGGGCUCCUAUUCCCUCCUGACCCAGAGCCUGUGUCCAGUGAUGCCUCUUGUAGAGCUGUUUGUACUUCUUGACUUAGGGAUUGAUUAUUAAGGGUAUGAAAAACAUUAUGGAGUCAUUGAAGUGUCUGAAAUUUAA